AUGACAUCCGAGCUCUCAACCUUCUGGACCAAGGCUGACAAGUACCUGAUGUCCACCGGAGUGCCAUACUCCCCCGUGGUCAUUACCAAAGCCAAAGGCACCCGACUCUAUGCCGCCGACAACCGUCAGAUCCUGGACUUCACGUCCGGCCAGAUGAGCUCCCUACUGGGCCACUCGCACCCCGACAUCGUCGCCGUGGUCCAAACGCACAUCGCAGAGCUGGACCAUCUCCUCAGCAACAUGAUCACCGCUCCAGUGGUCGACCUGGCCGAGCGUCUCUCCCGCAUCCUCCCCCGUCCGCUGGAGAAAUCCUUCUUCCUCAACACCGGCUCCGAGUCCGUCGAAGCCGCCAUCAAAAUGGCCAAGCUGUAUACCGGCAAAUUCGAGAUCGUCGCCUUCAGCGCCAGCUUCCACGGUCUCACCCAGGGUGCCGGCGCGGCUACCUAUACCGCCGGCCGCAAGAAUGCAGGCCCCACGGUACCCGGUCAGUUGGCGUUUCCUGCCCCAUAUGCCUAUCGCUCGCCGUUCCGCACGCCGGAUGGUGCAUAUGAUUGGGAGACCGAGAUGGACUUUGCCUGGUCGAUGAUCGAUCGGCAGAGCGUCGGGUCAUUGGCCGCCUUCGUGCUCGAGCCCAUCCUCUCCACCGGCGGGAUCCUCGACCUUCCCGCCGGGUAUCUGUCCCGCCUUAGUGCCGAAUGCAAGAAACGCGGUAUGCUGUUGAUUGUGGACGAGGCGCAAACCGGCAUCGCUCGCACUGGAGACAUGUUUGCUUUCCAGAAAGAAGGCGUCGUGCCUGAUAUUCUGGCCCUGUCUAAGACUCUGGGGUGUGGUCUGCCGCUGGCGUCGGUCAGCACUACGGGGGAGAUUGAGCGUGGAUGUCGAGAGGCAGGUUUUCUUCUGAUCACGACGCAUCUUAAUGACCCGCUCACGGCUGCGGUGGGUAGUAAAGUGCUGGAGGUGGUGGAGCGCGAUAAUCUCUGCCAGCAUGCGGCUCAGCGAGGGGCCCAGCUACGCGCAGGCCUACUUAAACUCCAGCAGAAAUACUGGUGUAUCGGGGAUGUCCGUGGUCGUGGCCUGCUCCAGGGCAUUGAGAUCAUUUCCGAUGAGCAGACCAAGGCCCCAGGACCGGACCUGGGACAGGCGGUCUGUAACAGGGCUAUGGAGCUGGGUCUUUCGUGUAAUGUGGUCAAUCUUCCUGGUAUGGGGGGAGUGUUCCGACUGGCACCUCCUGUUACUGUGACGGCAGAGGAGAUUGAGGAGGGUCUACAGAUUCUUGACCAGGCGUUUGCGGAUGUUCUUGCAAAAACGUGA